AUGGUCCAGCAGGAGCACAGGGGUCCUGUAAUGGGGGCCCCCCAAGACUCAGCUCCCGUGACGACCACUGUGAUCAACAUCCGUAGUGAGACAGCCGUGCCCGACCACGUCGUCUGGUCCCUGUUCAACACCAUGUUCAUGAACUGGUGCUGCCUGGGCUUCGUGGCCUUCGCCUACUCCGUGAAGUCUAGGGACCGGAAGAUGGUGGGUGACAUGACUGGGGCCCAGACUUAUGCCUCCACCGCCAAGUGCCUGAACAUCUGGGCCCUGGUCUUGGGCCUCCUUCUGACCACUGGAUCCAUUGUUCUUCUGGUGUUUGUCUACGCUACAGCCUACAGUGUACUUUUAAAGUCUAUGCAGGAGAACAAUGGGUACCACUAG